CUGGGCAGGUGGGGAGGGCCGGGGGCGGAGCUCCGCCCGCUAUAUCAGGCGAGCAGACGGGCGCAGCGCCCAGAGCCGCUGCUGGAGGUUUGGAGAGACGCAGCAGCAGAGUCUGGGCUGUGCUAGGAGGCGGUAACUGGACGCGAGCUGGAAACAUGCCUCUUUCACAGAGUAACAUGCGGCAGGCCCCCUGCAACAGGAAGCUCUGCCGAAACCUCUUUGGCCCGGUGGAUCAUGAGCAGCUCCAGAAUGACUUGCAGGAUUUGAUGAGGAGACAUCUGGAAGAAGCUCAGUGCAGGUGGAAUUUUGACUUUGAGACGGAAACACCGCUGGAGGGCAAGUUCAAGUGGGAGAGAGUCCUCUAUCCUGACGUGUCUCCUGCUUGCCUGCCUUCUCCAGACCCGAGCCACUCCAAAGGUAAUGGUGGGGAGAAGAACCAGAGCUCUCCAGCACUUAAUAUUUCUACAAAGGAUCUUAACAUGGCCCUCUCAAGUGAAACAGUACAGGCGGGCUUGGAGUCCCGCAAGGCCAGCUCCCCACGGCACCUGAAACGAAAGCAGACCAGCAUAAAAGAUUUCUACAGUUCGAAGCGGAGAAUUGUCCCUUGCAAGCCAAAUCCGUGAUGCUACAGCACAAGUUGUUCUGCUUCUGUAUGCUGCUUGGCUGGGGCACGGUCAUCAGGAUGUGUCUUCAACUACUAACCCUACUGGCCCUCUGCAGCCCUCUAGGAAGACCGUUUUUAUUGAAGUCUGUGGAAGGGUUGUCUUAGGGGCUGAAUAAAGUCAGUGUCGGGACUUAGCGGCAGGAAGAGUUACAAGCCUCCCUCUGCAUUGUACUGUAUAAGCUGCCUACUGGCUCUGUCUAUUAUGAAGUGAUGUAGGGUUUAGUGUCAUAUUUAUGAAUAGGGCUAGGUGUCUAAGGACCCACUUGUGUGCAAUGUGUAUUGUAAAGGCUUUAUUUAAAAUAGAUGUGGAAUAUUUGAUUACCUCCUUUCAUAGGCCUUGAAGAAGAGGGAAUGAUCAAUGCUGAAAAUUGAGCCUUCAGCAUAGGCCAGUGUGCCCCUCAACAAAGAGGGGUAGGAAUGAGAGGGCUAAGUCUCAACCCCCUAACCAGCUACACCCUUGCCCUCAGGACCACAGGGUAAAAGGGGUAGGUGGAGGAGAGGUGGGCCUAGACCCUAAGCUGCUGUAAAGUGUUGUACUUCCACUGAAGUCAAGUGUAAAAGAGCAUAGCUCCCCAGCUGAGGCUCCAGCCCAUGGCAACUCAUCCUCAUGGCCAUGGGAUGCUUAUGUACAUGGUCUUCUAAAGCCUUGCUCCUGGGCAGCAUCAACACUCCAUCUGCCUGGGCAGGAGUAAGCUGUGACUGCAGCGGGCCUGCAUUGAUAGAGUAUCUGUCUCAAGCUGGGGCUCUGCUUCCUGAAAAGGAAUGCUGAGGGUGGAGGUGGGAAAGGAGAUGCGUAUUGCCCAUAAAACAAGCAUCCCUGACUGCAGGGCCUACCUGAACAAGCAGGGAGUGGAUGCUUAGCUGGGUAACCAGAUGACACAGCCAGCUUUCUCCCUGGCUAGCUCAGAUCAAGUUCUGCUUGGCAUUUAAACUUUGCCCUCUGCUUGCUGACUUGAGGAAAGGAAUAAUUUGUAGCUCCAUCUCUUGGGUGGUGGUUCUGCAUUAUAGGGAGGCUGGUAGUAGGAGUUGGGGAGGGGGGAUUCUGACAGGUUAGACAUCUCCUCUGCUAAUACGAGCCAGUCCAAUUCACUACUUGUAAAGCUGCUUGAUACACCCUUGAGUGGAAACAGACUACUGAUGCCACCUGGUUGUGCCCAGGCCCAAUUGCUGUACUGGCUAACUUCAGCACUAGCCUCAGGGCAGAACUUGUCUUAUAAGACUCACCUUUAGUUCACCCUGCUCUUGUCAUAAUACACCACUAGCUCCUGCCACUAGGCUAUUCCAGGGCAUACUCUGUGGGGGAAUCCAUCUACACAGCAAGUGGUAGAUUUUGUGAUUUUCUACAGUACAGUUGUAGUACCACUCUGUACAGCAGGGCUAAUUCCCUUCCCACUUCCUCCUCCAGCAGGAGGGUUAGCUGCUUGUCUCCCUCAUUAUGUGGUGGUUCAUGUCAUGGCUUCAGCAGUUCUAGCUCUGCAGUUAGACUCACUGCAUGUGGUCCUCAUGUGUUAGAGGCCAAGUCCUCGUGGCUCCUGCUGCUGGUUUUCAUGGCUGCAUUGUCUGUACACAAAGGCUGCAGUCUCACUGUGCGAGAUGGUCUCAAGAAACAUCAGAAAUUCUCAGGCACUUUCUCUGUGAUGGGUUCAUCCCCUCUGCUCAUGGAGUUGGACUUCUAAACCUGGACAGAACAGAUCCCUUCACACCCCCCUUCCUUGCUGCACUUUGCGUUCAGGGUAACGCUGGCAAACUUUCAGCACUAAUACUUGUAUCAAUAAAUAAGAUGCUGCUGCAUUUAUUGGAAAAAAAUCUAGUUUAAAAAUGUAACUUUAUUAUGAAUAAACACAUUGUGUAUAAAUGAG